AUGGCCGGACAGGAGAGCUUUACAGGUUUUGACGUAGCUCAACAAAAUCAUUAUUACUGGUACUGGCAAAGAGUGAAGCAGGAGUUCCAGCCCCACCAGGGUUACCCCUUUAACAACUGGUAUGAGGAACAACAGCACAACUGUUGUCCUUUAUCCGGCUACAGCUGUGGUUUCACAGUGAAUGGAAAUGAAUACAACCUUUCUGCACGUGGGACCUCUGGACACCCAACCGAAACUGCAGUUAUGCCUGAGGAAACCACAGCUCUGGUGGAAAACCACGAUGAAGACCUAUUAGAAGAUCCCAAUCUUCAUUUGAAUAUUGAGGAAUUAAACAAAGAGUUUAUGGUGAAAAGUGAAGAACUCUACGACUCUCUCAUGAAUUGCCACUGGCAGCCCCUGGAUACAGUUCACUCUAAAAUCCCAGAGGAGAUGUCACAGAAGCCAGAUGUUCAUUGAGCUACCCAAUUACCAUAUUAAUUGUA